AUGCACCUCCACUUCACCCUCCUCUCCCUUCUCCCCCUCACAACCGCCUUCACCCUAAACACCAAAACCCCCUACUGGUCGUAUACCACCACCUCCCUCGCAAACACCACCUCAAACGAAUGCAAAACCGCCUACAGCGCGGAAAUCACAUGCGACCCAUACCUCCUUUCCCUGGUCACCACAAACAAAAUGCGCCCUUACCUCCCAUCCAUGGAAGAGUCCAAUUUCACAGAUACAUGCACGAAGACGUGUCGCGAUUCCUUGGCUGAGUAUAUCCAGAACGUGGAGAGUGCAUGCUCAAUCCCUGAAGACGGAGGAGGAGAUGCAGCGCUCAAGGGCGUGGGUAUCUGGGGCAAGAUGGAGUUUCAGAAUGUCCCUGUGGCUACUGUUGGACGAGUGCUGGAGUAUACGCUUAUGUCGGCUUGUGCGGUUGAUGGGGCUGGCGAGAACUGCUACAUCUCGCAAUCAUCAGUCAUCCCGAGCAAAUUCAGCUGCUCGUGGGGCUGCGCCGUGGCAUACUGGUAUAACCGGCAUGAGUACCCAUACAGCGAGUGGCAAUUCGGGGAUACAUCAGGGCGUAAUAUCGAUAUUGACAAGGGCGGGAACGGGCGGGAGGUGAAUGCAAUGAACGGUGUGCUUGUCCAGCAUUCUGUAUUUGGGGAUCAGAUGGAGGGGGCAUGGAGGAUUGUUGAGGGGUGUAUGACUGGGAAUUCGUCAUUCAGGACAGGGAUUGAGGGUGUUGGUGUUGGUGUCAAGGUUGGAUCUGGGGUUAAUAGUACGAAUGGAACGAAUGGAACGAGUGAGUCGUCGACUGAUACCUCGUCUACUCCGUUGCAGUCGGAGCCUGAGGAUGGAGGUGC